AUGGGAGAGGACGCAGCUGAACCCCCAACAGUUGAGAAACUGAUCGAGGCCCAGAUUGGAGAUGAUAAGCACAAAACAAUGUUCGUAGGGGAAGAUCUUCCUGCACACAAACAUGAUGGUUUGGUUACAAUGCUAAGGGCAAAUUCCGACGUUUUCGCAUGGAGUUUUGCCGAGAUGCCUGGGAUGGAUCCGAAUGUAGCCUUCCACAUGCUAAAUAUCGAUGAUAAGUUCCAUCCAGUUCGUCAGAAAAUCAGGAAUAUGCGCAAAGCAAAAAAGACGGAGCUACUGCAGAAAUCGAAAAGCUGUUGGAAGCAGGCUUUAUUCGACCAGUGCAGUAUCCUCGUUGGAUGUCAAAUGUCGUACCCAUUCCAAAGAAGAAUGGAAGAUCAAGAGCGUACUGCGUUUGUGACUGACAGAGGAGUUUAUUGCUAUACUGUAAUGUCGUUCGGGCUAAAGAAUGCAGGGGCAACCUACCAGCAUUUGGUAGACCAUAUGUUCAAGGACAUGAUUGGGAAGUCGAUGGAAGUGUAUAUUGACGAUAUGGUAGUGAAAUCUGAGCAAAAGGAGUCACAUUUUCUUGAUCUGCAGAAGACGUUCGAUAUCUUGAGGCAAUAUCGUAUGAAGCUCAAUCCAGCAAAAUGUUCAUUUGGGAUGUCGUCAGGAAAGUUCCUUGGAUACUUGAUGACGCACAGAGGAAUCGAGGCGAAUCCGGAGAAAAUCAGAGCCAUCAGAGAGAUGCCAUCCCCAAGAACGAAGAAGGAGGUCCAGAAGCUAGCAGGACGAUUAGCAGCUUUAAAUCAUUUUAUUUCACGCUCUUCGGAUCGAUUCAAACCAUUCUUUGAUGUGUUGAAUAAAGCAGUGAAUUUUGGUUGGACAGAUGAGUGCGAAAAAGCUUUUGAUGAGAUCAAACAGUAUUUGUCAACUCCUCCAGUUUUGGUGAGUCCAAAAACUGGACAACCUAUCGGAGUUUAUUUGGCUGCAACGGAGAACGCGACUUAUUUCCAAGGCAGGCAGAUCAUAGUCUACUUGGAAUACCCGCUGAAGAGAAUCCUGGAACGUGCUGACGAUUCCAGCCGACUAGCCAUAUGGUCAAAUUUUCUGAGGGCGUAUGAGAUCAAGUACGAAACCCGAACUACAGAGAAGGGACAUGCCCUGGCUGCAUUGCUAGAAGAUUUUCCUGUGGACGAUAUAAAAACAGUUGCUGGAGAAGAAGAGGAGUUGUUCAAACCCAUAGAGUCAACCACUGAUCAGACUAGGGGCGAGUCCUCAAUGGAGGUUGAUACACCUGAACCAUUAUGGACCGUAUUUACUGAUGGGUCAUCAAAUGUUGGUGGUGCUGGAGUUGGACGUGUCAUCCUUACUCCCGAAGGUUCGAGGAUCGAGAAAGCGACCAGGCUGGGUUUUCAAGCAUCAAACAAUGAAGCUGAAUAUGAAGCUGCAAUUAUCGGUUUAAAGGUUGUCAAACAGUUAGAUGCAAAGAACGUGAAGCUGGUAACUGAUUCCACGCUAGUAGUUAACCAGUUUCUGGGACCUACAUAG